UGGCACUAUGGUGAAUUCCUUGCAUGCCUUUGGGCUGGCCAUUGGCUGGAUGGACAUUCUGGGAGUCCUUGUCUUCGAACUGAUGAUCUUCUACUUGAUGCGUAGUCGCGCGGCCCAAGAGGCCCCCAACGAUGCCGAGGUGCCGCCAGAUGAAGGCGUUGUUAGGCAACAAAGAAAGCACCUGACAGGAUUAUUUGGCCCCAGAUACUUGAAGGAUUCAACAAAGACUUGGGUAUUCUGGGCAUAUUUGUUUCUAUUGAAUGUUUGGAUUGUGGUGACAUUCCUUAUGAUAGCAGGCAUUACAUGGCACAAGCCGGAGCUAAUGAUAUGCUGGCUGGUUUGGUGCGUCGGUGGCAUAUUCCUGGAUGUUUUCUUUGUGCUUUGGUGGUGCAUCGAGCUGUGUGCGGGCGACGCCAUUGAGGCCCUGACCAACAUUAUUAUCUCUCUGCUGACCAUGAUUAUUGAGUUUGGGUUCAUAUUUGUGAUUUUUACCAUCUACACGAACUUGUCGAACGCGCCUGAUGAGAAUGUCAAGGAUUCUGGCCUAUUUUUGAUCGUGAAAAAUGCCAUGGAUCCCAGCCAGUGGAUACGUAUAUUGUUUGCUUAGCGCACUUACAAAUACCAUCUACCACUGGGAAGGACUCCAUUAGAAGGCCUGUACAUUACUAUUCCAUCCAGAAAUCAACUAUAGUCUUUUCAAUUGCGAAACUCUCUUUGAAAUAUAAA